GCUGCUAUGGCUUUUUGUAAUGAAAGCCUGCUGGAGGAGUGUGACCUCAUGGAGCCGGACAAUGCAGAGGAAAUGGCAGAAAGUGUGCCAUCAGAAGCUGCAACUCCUCUCAUAUCAGUCACUCUGCGUGUGACCCUUGCAGCCAUAAUGAUCUUCAUGAUUACUGUUGGUUUCCUCGGCAACGCAAUUGUGUGUCUGAUUGUUUACCAGAAACCUGCCAUGCGUUCUGCUAUUAAUCUUCUGCUCGCUACUUUGGCCUUUUCAGACAUUAUGCUCUCUCUGCUCUGCAUGCCCUUCACUGCAGUCACUGUGGCCACUGCUGACUGGAGCUUUGGGAGUGGGUUCUGCCGAGUGUCCAUCAUGCUGUACUGGCUGUUUGUCUUGGAGGGGGUGUUUAUCCUCCUCAUAAUCAGCGUGGACCGAUUCCUCAUCAUUGUGCAGCGGCAGGACAAGCUGACCCCCCACAGAGCGAAACUGUUGAUUGCAGGUUCAUGGGUGUUGAGCCUAUGCGUAUCCCUGCCGUCUGUGGUCGGGUGGAGGACAGCUGCAGCAGGCAUUGGGGGUGCCUGGGCACCUCAGUGUGUUCUGGGGUAUAGUGAGUCUCUGGCAGACCGUGGGUACACAGUGCUGUUGGCAAUCGCAGUAUUCUUUGUACCAUUUGCUGUCAUGCUGUACUCUUACAUGUGCAUCCUCAACACAGUGCGCCGCAACACCCUGCGUAUCCACAACCACACCAGUGAACAUUCCUGUCUGCCAGCUCUCAACCAAGUCAGCAAAAUGAGACUUACUGGGCUGCAGCGGCCCCCUCAGGUCAAAGUGGACAUGAGCUUUAAGACCCGAGCCUUCACUACCAUCCUCAUCCUCUUUGUCGGCUUCUCUGUGUGCUGGUUGCCGCACACUGUGGUCAGCCUGCUGGCUGUGUUCAGCCGGCAGUUCUACUACAGCUCAGUCUUUUACCCAGUCAGCGUAGGCGCUCUGUGGCUCAGCUAUCUGAAGACAGUCUUCAACCCAGUCAUCUACUGCUGGAGGAUCAGAAAGUUCAGGGAGGCCUGUCAGGAGUUCCUUCCCAAAAGUUGCAGACUGUGUCCCAAAGUGCCAGGCAGGAGCUGCAGGAGAGUGAGACCCAGUAACAUUUAUGUUUGCAGCGAGACUCAGUCAGCUGUGUGA